CGGACCGUCAGGGUUCAGGUCCGAGUUUUCGCGUCGAGCUCCAAUCGUGCAACGUGCACGACCACGCUGCCAAGCAAGGACAACACGAAGAGGAGUGAAUCGACUGCCUACUCCGAGACCCUGAACCCACGUGAGAUCUGGAUCAUCGUUCACAGUGCCGAUUGAGGAAGAAUUUUAUUUGGGAAAACUCGAGCUAAUCGCUAGAGAAGGAGUCAGAUAGAACAUCGAACGAUCGACACUUCCCUCGCGAGGAAUCAACGCGAAGGAUCAUCGUCCGCGACGUGUUGGUGAAAAGCUAGUGUUCGUGGAUCAGAGAGUGAUCAGGAAGUUUAACUUGCAGCUGCGUGCGCCGAUUUGUCCGGCCUAUCAGCACGUGGCCGCAGGGGUGGGACUUCUUUCGGUGCGCCUCGCGGGUUAGUUAAGCGCGGUGAACAGUUGACUCUGUGACAGUUGACCAGUGAAACGUGUCGGGAAGACUCUAUUGACAGUUGCGUCGCAGCCUCACCAUUUUAUCUAUUUAAAUCACUGUGGCCGUGACAAUCGCUGCAAUUUGCUUCGCGUUUCGAACAUAAAUUAGGAGUAAAUGCGUGGAAACGUUAAAUCGCGACAAGUGCGCAGAAUAGGUGAAACGAAAUUAAUUAAACGACGAUUAAAGCGUUCGACGAUAUUGACGUGUGUCAAGACCGAUUUAUCGGCUCCGAGAAAAAAUCUCGGAUAGAAUAUAUGCUACAUAGUUGAACAAAAGAAAGCGAUGAAACGAGGACUAUGGUUCUAAUAAGCUUCUAAUUAUCACGACAGGUGCGCUGAUAAUUACGACGCGCGCGUGAUCAUCACGUGGACACGUCAGUGUUUUUCAACGCAAAAUUACACGUUACGGACGAAGUGUAUGGCUUGACGAGCGCAAAUAGAAUAAUUAAAAGCACAUUACACAGAAAAUCGUGUUAUCUGUUAGUUAUCUGUCCGGUGACGCGUCGGAGCAUCCCGUGUCAAGGAUUGAACUGAAAAUAUUUUUUUUUCCAAAACGUUUUAAUCAUCCAGAAAACAGUUAAAAAGUCAAAAGUUUUCAAAAUAUUUAUCGUCUUCCGAGUUUCUUUUAAUUACGAAUAUCGCCUUAGGCAGACACGAGACGAAAAGGGAUCAAUCGAGCAGUGUUUUAUGAAGCAGCGAGCAAUUAACUGUUUGCUUCUUGAUCACUCCUAAUUACUCGUAAUUACUCGUUGUAAUUAAGUAGGCUGAUGUCACCGGCGGCCGAUGUAUCAGUGAAUCGUCCGUUUCUCGACGUCGAUCCGCCACUCCUUUCAGAACGGCCUGUUAAUAUUCGUCGUAAGAAAAUUAUCGGAAGAUCGUGAAACUUGCGAACGAGGAGGCGGCAGAAGAAGGAUCUCUCAGGAAAGGAAUUAAAACGGGUCAGCGGGGUGUAAACCCGGCAUCGGAGAAGGAACGAGGGCAAGACAGACAGACGGCUGAUCGGUGAAGAUCGGUACGACCGCGACGGAAUUGCACCGUGGCGGAGAUAAAUAACAACCGCUAAAUAAAUCCGCGUCAGGACGACGUCCCAAAUACAUCAGUCACAGAUCGCCUCAGAUUACGAGUCCCCGGGAUGCAAGGCUGACAUGGCGGAGGGUUCGGCCGAGGAGGAACAGAGCAGUACUGCUGCGCCCGCUUCCCCGCCAGCUGAUCUUCGCACUCUGAACACCCAAUUGUCGCCGCCUUAUCACCACCAGCCCCAUCUCCAGCCUCGUCUUCAGCAUCUGCAGCAUUCCAACAUGCUGGCGACCGCCGUACCGCCCCGGCACAGCCUCAGUAUGCUGUCUCAUCAGGUGAAAGCGGAGGCAGAGCUGGACGCCCCCUGCGAUGUGCCAUUGAAUCUCAAGAGCGAGGACAGCGACAGGAGUAGCGCUGGAAGUCCCGAACCGGCGACAGGUGGUGCACUUCACGAACACCAAAUGAUGAUAGAUGAUAUAAAGAAUUCACGAAAGAGGCGACGGAGUCCGUCACCUGAAAAUCUCCAUCAAGCGAAACGCGCGGCGGUAGCACAAGCUCACUUAAACGGGACGAUGGCCGGUAUGGUGACACUUCAAAAUCUUCAGAAUUUAGCGAAUUUGCAAAAUCUCCCACAAGUCGCGUCAUUGGCCGCCGGUCUUCAGGGUAUGACAGCGGGAUUAACUAAUAAUCAGCUGAUCAAUACUCCGUUGAAUUUAACCGUCAGCUCGUCAGGCGGAACGAUACCAACAGCCUCGAGUACAACGGCAGCUCCUCACCUUUUGCCACCUAGCUCAGCCCCAAUGGCAACAUUACCUCAGCUAUUAUCUCAACCACAACCGGUCGCGAUGCCUCAAUUCAUCUUAACAUCUGGUCAAUUGGUUCAGGGCAUUCAAGGAGCUCAGCUUCUUAUCCCCACUUCGCAAGGUAUCGCUACCCAAACCAUUUUGACUAUACCAGUCAGUCACGUUACGAACAAUCAAAUGGUGAAUUUGGCGCUCAGUAAUGGACAAGUAGUUUCUACGACACUGGCGAAUCUCCAAUCUCUAGCUCAACCGCAAAAUAUGCUUAAUACGCCUACGAGCAAUGUUCCCACGAGCCCCAGCUUGGCAUCGGGAUUAGGGCUGAACCCUGCCGCUUUGCCGCAUCUUCUAAGCAAUAGUUCGGCGAGCCAACAACUUCUGAGCGCGAUGCAGCCGCAGCAACUGCUUCAGGCUGCCCAGGCGGCACAAGCGCAAGCAGCGCAGGCUGUACAGGCCGUUCAGGCUUCUCAGCAACCGCUUUUAACGACAUCGCCUCAACAGCACAGCCACCGACACACCUCGCAUAUAAAUCAUUACACACCGACGGAAAAACAUCACAGGGACAGACCGGAGCAGUCAUCGCCAUUGAAUGAAUCCGUGGUGUCCGCUGCAUCCGCUUUGAACAGAUUGGCCGCUAGCAAUGGCGAGAUCACUAUCACGACGACACACGGACCUGGCGGUGCUGGGGUAAAGGCUUCUCCGAGCAGUAUGCAUAGUCCAAUAAAGGAAGAGGAGGAUGAUCUCUUGAACGAUUCACCGAAUCAACCAACGAUCAAUGAGGCCACUAAUAACGUAGUCGAUGGGAUCAAUUUGGAUGAGAUCAAGGAGUUCGCCAAGGUCUUUAAGCUGCGCAGACUGUCUCUGGGUCUGACACAGACCCAAGUUGGUCAGGCUCUGAGUGUCACUGAGGGCCCCGCAUACAGCCAAAGUGCCAUAUGCAGUGCCCUGGCUACCCAGAUGUACGCUGCCUCGCAGAUUGCCUCUCAGCAGCAAGCUACAUUCGAAAAGCUGGACAUUACGCCGAAAAGCGCGCAGAAAAUUAAGCCUGUUCUCGAGAGGUGGAUGAAGGAGGCAGAAGAGAGUGCAUCUGAUUCCAGGUACAAGAGCGGCGUUAAUCAUCUGACGGACUUCAUCGGGGUUGAACCGAGCAAGAAGCGAAAACGGCGGACUUCCUUCACGCCUCAGGCUUUGGAAUUGCUGAACGCACAUUUUGACAGGAAUACUCAUCCUACUGGUAACGAAAUCACGACUUUAGCGCAUCGAUUAGGAUACGAUAGAGAGGUGAUAAGAAUUUGGUUCUGCAACAAGAGACAAGCUCUGAAGAAUACGGUGCGGAUGAUGUCGAAAGGCGUUGUAUAGGGAAGGAUUACAUCUACCGAACAAUCGGGCAAUAUAUGAGAAAAGCUUCAAACUACGAACGAUGAAGAACACGUUUCGUAAAAUUUUCCAAUAUCGCGUUUUCCUCUAGCAUAAAUAAACAGUUCUAACGCGAGAACAAUUUUCCGUAGUUUGUUACGGAAAGUUAUAAGUAAGAAAAAAAAAAUGUUUAUUAAAGAAAACUACAUUUAUCAAAUUCGCUCCAGUACGGAAAGAUCGUUCUAGAUCGAAGCGAAGUCCUUCGAAUAUUGUGAUCGCAGGUGUAUACGACAUCUAUAUAUGUAAAUAGCUUUAAUCUACGAAUAUGUGAUGUAUACAUGAGUCGAAUAUCGAAAAUUGAUAAUCUGAAA